CCGAUGUAUCGAACAGCGCUGGCUGAUGCGAUACUCGUUCAGGAUAAUCGUAAUACUCUGUACACGAGGAUUGACGGAAAAAUCGAGUUGCUGACCCAUUUUCCGAGCUAACAGGAAAAACGAAUUCUGCGACGAACAACGUAAGCGGGACAGUCGUGACGAGUGCAUCCACCAAAUCGCCCAUCGAGGCCAGUGCAUAUUAAGGAGCAUGUUCCGCAGUCCUCGAUCGAUCGAUACGUCUGCAUGCCGAUCAUUAAACUUAAUCAGCCUAACAAUAAGGAUGAGAGAGAGAGAGAGAGAGCAAGAGCUGAGUGAAAAAGUCGCUAAGUAAGCAAAGUUUUCUCGUCGAUGUUUUCGUCCUUUCGGGUUGGUCGCCUCAGGUCCGAGGUCAUCAGUCGGACGCACCAUCGGGCUACUCUUGCAGAGAUGAAGCCAAGUUUUCUUAAGGUUUGUAGGUCGUUCCGCCGGGUGGCGCUGGAGUUUACGGGGUGUGCGCAUUAGAGGCAGAAGCUACGAACGGUGUACGAGGCGAAUCGACGAUAGCACGAGCCUCUUCGUGGGUGCAAUACACUCGCUCUCCCUCUUUCUCUCUUCCUCUCGUCAGCUUUCUCUCACGUUCUCUCUUUCGCUUGCUCUUUAACGUACCGCGCACCCUCGCUCACACCCGUUUGGCAGCCUCGGUGUUACUCGGAGCACGGGGUUGUUCGCGUCAGUACUGCGAAGCAUCGGUGCUCCGGCUGCUUCGCGAGCUGCCGUUGCUAUUGUACUCCGGUGUUCUCGCUCGCUCGCUGGGAUCCGGUGUAAAUCUUCUUUUGCCAUUCACCCUCGCGUCCCGACGAAUCCUGCCUCCCCCUUCUCCCGCCGCGCCUCCCAGUUGCUCCCGAAGAAGGGGUGUGGAUCUCGCACUAUCAUAUCAGUGUCGUGUGUAACGCGUGUGCGCGGGAAUUGCGCAAUGGCUUUCAUGAGAAUACGAGGUGGUAUUGAGGGAGAGAAGAGAUGUCGAUGCGCCGCCGGUGGUCGGUUUCGGGGGUAGACUCGCGCCGCGGGGGCGAUGAGCGCACUUCCUUUCGCCCUGAGACUGACCUGCUACUGUUGCUGCUGGCUAACUUGCUUCGUUAUAAUUGUACGACCGGUAUUCACGCUUAACAGCCCAGAUCACAAUCCCAAUACUGUCAAACCUCUCGAUCGAUUGGACGAGCUUACCUAUCGAGAGAACAAAACUCCUCGCGACAAUCGCUCUCGACGAAACACUCGUCAUGAAGAUAUCCCGUCUGCAUCGAAACUUACCGGCAACACUGACGCUGUCUAUGAGGACAAUGACGUCGAUUUAUCGUACGACGCUGACGAGGACGAGGAUUAUCCGGAAACCAACAUCACAGAGAAAGGACGAUACUUGGGCUCACCCUGCGAGGAGACUUGUAAUCCAGAAUUGCAACACGUACUCUGUGACAGCGUUACCGGCUUCUGCGAAUGCGAACAAUUUUAUCCCGUUCGUUUGGGGCCUACGAAAGGAUGUGCCAAGCCAAAGAAACUCGGCGAGCAAUGUUUCUAUCAAGCCACGUGUACAUGGGUCGAUCAACACGCGACAUGCGCUCAGGUGCAGCACAACGCAGUCUGCGAUUGCGAAGUUGGCUAUCACAGGGUUGCCCUGUCCAGGCCAAGCAAGAAAAUCUUCUGCGCCGAAGACCUGGUGCUGAUAACUACAGAUGUACCUACCCUGCUCGGAGUAGCAUCAGGCCUAGCAGUAUUCACCGGAUUAAUAUGUUUCGUUUUAAAGUUAUUCAGUCGCGCGAGAUACACGAGGCCGCGUCAUUACGCCAACGCAAAUCACGCACCCCCAACUUUAUUUUCGAGUGACACAGGUGAGUGCAUCCCAUUGACUUUGCACGGCGGCAGACCUUUAUCUCGUUCGAGCCAGAGAAGCGAGAACGAGGGACCGUUGAGCUGCGCGGGAUUUGGUCGACGGCCAAGCAGCGCCGGAAGUCGAGGACCUCUUGUUCCAGCUUCCCGUGCAGGUGCGGCACGUGCCGCAGCCAUCUUGCUUAUAUCGUGCCAUCUACAAGCUGCUACCAAAGAUGGAAACAAGCAUCGACGUACCCUUAGCGACGUGGCUGAAGGAUCCUCCGACGGCCUCGGCUCCCGACGACCCAGCUUGGCCUCUAUUCACAGCUCGACUUCCUCAGCCAGAAGCUACAGCGCCCGACGACUCGAACGCGAAAGAAAUGACAAAGAACAGAGACAGGCACUUCAGGAAUUGAGACUCGCAAGGUCAAGGGAACAGCAAGAAAUGGCUCAGCAAAUAGUCGCACCAACCCCCAGCCCCAGAACUCCCCAUUCGACCGACGAAUUACUGCCCUCGGUCGAGGAAGGAAAAGAGGUAUUCUACAACGAGCAGGUAGCAACAACGUCCCUGGCCAACGAGGGUCCAGGUACGUCGACCUCGAGUCUAGAGUUGUUGAAAAAAGCAGGUUCUACGAUCGAGAGUUCGACGAUGCCGAGAAAAAGUUCGACUGGAAACGAGACUUCGACGAUGCCAAAGAAGAGCUCAGCCAGCACGUGCGCUGAAACCUCUCUAGUUACACCGAGGAGAACUUCAGCCUCGAACGAAACAUCUGCGCUCGGCUCGACAAGGAGGACAAUGACAUCGAACGAAAACUCAUCGAGAAACAAGAAAAAUUCGAUGUCACACGAGACGGCCUUUACAGCUCCUUCAGCCUGCACAUCAGCCUUUACCCGUGAGCUGUCAUCGAACCGCUCCAGUUCGAUCGAUAUUUUCGAGACAUAACCCUCGUCCCUUAGCCUGUUAACGUCUCAUUACGCGUGGCCUAUCUCGACAUUCUCAUCUCGAUUAAAUCGGCUGAACAGACCCUUCAAUUUUUACUCGAGUGCGACACGUUCUUCGAAUUAUACAAACGAGUCUGAGGGAUUUGCUGUUAUUUGUGCAUAAGGAAUUUACACGCGUUUGAUCGAUGUGUCACAGUCUCUUAACGACAACGAUUCAAUUGAUUCGCCUUUCGCAAUAACGAUUAUUCCUCUGAGUGUAAAGUCAUUAACUCAAUCCUCAUUGCUUAGUUUCACGGUUAGUCGAAUCAUCAAUUCACAUCUUCGAUGUCACAUGGAUAAUGGAAGCGUGUCACGAGCAUGAUCCUAUUUUAAAAUUGGAAGGUUUUUCGAUUUUACUCAAUUUCGUUGAAAACUUUCGAGAUGGAAUUAUUUAGAAGUCCUAUGAAAAUUAGUAAAUUUGAGAGUAGAUCUGCUCGGUGGGAAACAAAGCUUUCCCAGGAUAUUUGGGUCUGGAAUCCACGAAAUUUUAAAUUCCAAAACAUAUGGUUCCGUUCCAGCGAUCAUUAACAUUUCAAAUCCCGAAAAAACUUCGAUUCAUUCUACUUUCUGAGCGAUUACAUCCAAUUUUCUAUAUCAGUUUUGACAGCAGCACCUAACGGAUCAACGAGUCCCGAAGAGUCCCAAUUAGGGCUGAGGACUUGAGUGGACCAGCGGGAACCAGAAUGAUUUCGAAAUGGGAUUUUUUCCUGAUUGCAAGUUGGAACGUUUUCGGGUUUUUAUGGAGGUCUCGCUGAUCCGUCAGUGAAAAUUCAGUCGCGUGAACUGCUCCGAUUUCUAAAGUCAUUUGAACCGCAAUUUCUCCUGGAACUGAUCGUUCGAAUUCAUUUAUAUGUGAGUACGUGAAGUUUGUUUUGGGAUCGUGAUAAACAUAAAAACGAGAUAAAAAAGAAAAACCAAAAAGAAUAAGGAAACAAAAACGAAGCCUCUCAAGUGCACUCGCUCAGCGUGAUUCCCAGCGUAUUUCAAAAGCGCUAAAAACCCCCUUCCGAGUAAUAUCAAACCCACAAAACCGUCAACGCAUGAUUAGUUGAAGUAUCGAAAACCCCUGACCAAAAGAGUGAAAAAUUUCGACUGUCGUUGUCCCAUUCAUCAGAAAAUUCCUCAGUAAUAGAAAAAUAAAAAUAAAAAAACAUAGAAGAAGAAUAAGAAAAGAAGCAAAAAAUAUUUAUAAGCCUUGAAUGGUGCAUUACUUGACCGAAACGCCGCCGCUGUCGCGUUGAAAAUUCGCCCAAUCAUCAAACAUAGAUAUGAAAAGAAUUGAAAAGCAGAAAAGAUAUAACAAAAUUAUGAAAAUUAUACACACGAAGAAGAGCGAGCCAGGAGAGCAAUUCGAAAAAGAUUUAAUGACUCGGCGAAGAAAAAAACUCGUCGUUACAUUAUAUUUAUGAAAAAUAAAAUUAGAAUAUAUAUAUAUAUUAUAUAUAGACAUAUAUGUGUGUAUAUAUGUAUUUAUGCAUGUAUUUCUUAUGGUGGGAUAAAUGCGAAUAGGACCGAGCAUUCUACGAUCUAAUUUUUUUGCUCAUAAUUGUCGCAAAUCCUUGAAUCUUCUGCCUGCAUCGAGUGCAUACAUAUGUAUAUUCACAUGUAUACAUAUUAUAUACGUACGCAUAUUAUUAUCGAUUCUACACUUGUUAAAUAUAUUUAUUAGUAUUAUUUACAUCGAGUUUGAGGCAUUUUCAUUGAAUAUUAUACAAUAUAUAUAUACAUAUAUAUAUGUGUAUAUAUAUAUACACUAAAAUUAUACGAAAUAAGUAAUUAAUAAGUUUUACUGUAGCUAGAACUGUUGAAUAUUGAGGAUUUCGAUAAUUCGAUGCUAAAGGACUCGCAGAUCACUUUGUAAGAAACAGAACUGUUAUUAUUAUUAUUUUUAUUAUUGAUUGAUCGUUCCUAAUUAUUUGACAAAUAGAAUUUUCUCAUACGGAUGCCCUGUCAAGUUACAGAAAUUUCAAAUUCUCGAGAGGGAAAGCUCUUCUGGUUGGACUUGAAAAUUUUUACUAUUUUGUGCGAUUCGAAAUGAUUUGUUAAGUCAUAAAUAUUCGGACUAGAUAUUCAAUGCUGGGAGAAAGAUUUUUGUUUUCGUAACAUUAUUUUGAUCGAAUUCUUUUUCGUAAAAUUAAAAUAUCGUGAUCGAGAGUCUUAUGGCGAUUAACGUACACACACACAGACACACACACACACACACACACACACACACACGCGCGCGCGCGCGCGCGCGCGCGAAAAACGAGUAAUUCGUAUUUUGACCUCCAAGCUGAACGGUAUCGGAGUAAAUAAAACCUCGUUUGAACGAAUUAUUUUAUAAUGAUUUUGUAAUGAUCAGUAGACUCAAUAGGUACGCAGAGAUAUUUUUGUUGUCGGAGUUUGUCUAUUGAUGAAUCGUUGAUAUUUUUUUCCUUCGCUGUACGAAUGAACUCUAAUGAAAGGCACGACAUUAAUUCGAAAAAGUUUAAAAAAAGGAAGAAAAUUCAACGAAAAUAAAUGAUGAUUGGAAAUUUGUCGUCGUCGAUGUCUCGCGCUAUAAACAUAAUACUUAGAUGAAAUGUGAAAUACAAAGAAAAAUACAAAUUCAUAUUUAAAAAACAUGGAAAAAAGAAGAAGAGAAAGAAAAAAAUUCGUGGAAAAACUGCCGAUUAUAUCCAGUCCUGGUUUUCGCAGCCGCUCUAAAUUGAACAAUGUAUUUCGAUUCUGCGAGAAAUGUGUCACUCGGAUUUCAAGAAAUUACGUUGAAAAUAC